GCCGUCCAAUAUCAAACGGUGCGCCACUGCGAAACUCAGAUAAGCCCUUGCGAUUUCGUCAAACCUCACAGUAAACGAAAGUUUUCUUUCAAGAACUCCCAUCCGGGACCAUCAAAAAAGCUAUAUUGUCCUGAAUCUUAUCAAGACAAUCUUUACCCCUUUUCCCUAUCAACCCAAACACGACUCAUCACCAUGACGGUCCCCGCUCAAGACGAGGGUCUCACCCCGGAGCAGCUCGAAUCUUUCCACCGCGACGGCUACCUCGUCAUCCCCCGCGCCCUAUCCCCGGACACCGUCUCCGGCCUCCUCGCCGAGACCCACUCCCUGCUGGACAACUUCUCCCUCGCCGACCACCCCAUGACACGCUUCUCCACCGGCGAGAAGGCAGACCACGUCGGCGACGACUACUUCCUCUCCUCGGGCGACAAGGUCCGCUUCUUCUUUGAGGAGGACGCUUUCGACGACGAGGGCAACCUCGUGAAACCCAAAGCCCGUGCCAUCAACAAGAUUGGUCACUACCUGCACGUCCUCUCCCCGCCCUUUGCCGCCAUCUCGGAUCCCGCGUCUUCUACUACCGGCAGUGCCGGCAGUGGCCCCGUCCGGGGUAAACCGGCCGCCGUGGCCCGCAGCCUCGGGUUCCGGGACCCGCGGUGCCUACAGAGCAUGAUCAUCUGCAAGCAACCCGAGAUCGGCGGCGCCGUGCCCCCACACCAGGAUUCAACCUUCUUGUACACGGACCCGCCGUCCGCUGUGGGCUUCUGGUACGCCCUCGAGGAUGCGACGCUCGAGAACGGGUGUCUUUCUUUCUUGCCUGGUUCGCACCGCUGGGCACCCGUGUCAAGCCGGCUCGUGCGCAAGGCCGGGGACGCGGGGACGGAGAUGGUGGACAAUGAGGGCCCGCGGUUCCCGCCUGGCGAUGUGUACGGCGCGGAGAAGGCGAGCGAGCAGGAAAAGGCCGGGGAGGGGAACUAUGUGCCUGGGGAGGUCAAGGCUGGGGAUCUGGUGUUGAUUCACGGCAACUUGCUGCACAAGAGCGAGAAAAAUUUGAGUCAGAAGGGACGCAUCAUUUACACGUUUCACGUCAUUGAGGGAGAGGGGAACAAGUAUGACGAGAGGAACUGGUUGCAGCCGCCCAAGGCUGGGUUCACCAGGUUGUAUUCUUCUUAGCUGGAGGUAGAAAGUCGUGGGUAUUCCUUUGAUGGAGACUCAAGUCUGCUCCUAAUGAAAUAAAUAGAUCAAACAAUCCUUUAUAUCCUGACAUCGGGAUGUUGUACUGAGUAGUGGGGGGGGGGGAUAGACACCAGAAAGAGGUAUG